CAUCUUACCUAUCUCCCCUCGCGGUAUCAUUGAGUGCGUUGUGUCGCGGUCGGACAUGCUGCUGUUGCUCGGGAGCAGGGUUGAGUACCAGACGCCUGGGACAUAAGUUCGGGCUCGCCGUACAAUGCACACUGAAACAUAGCCGCUGCUCGAGUCUGCGGCCAUGUCAUUCAAUCAGCCGUCCCCCGGGGAUACCUCGCCAGCAUCGCCAACGUCGAUACGAUCGAGCUUUCCCUUCCCGAGCACGCCGAAUCGCCCGUUGUCCAGCCAAAGACUAUCCUACCGACGGAGAGGUAGCAAUGCCAGCGUCGGCUCCUCGACAGGAAUCGGCGGAAGCUUAGACAGUCAACACCGCCGAGACAGCACCGUCCGAGAAGCCGCGCCGAAUGCAAUCUCUACUCUUGUUCACCCACCCAUCGUUCGGACGGGGUUGCUACCGCAUGGCUCCACGACAGCGGCAGCUUCGGGCUUCAAAGCCCCCACGACAAGAGACAUUCCCCCCGUUGCUCUGACCAACAUCGAUCAUAUUCCUCCCGAAACCUUCCGCGACUACCUCCAGCGCGUAGGGCCAUUGUUAGAGAACUUUGAGCGGAGUAGGGCUGCCCCUGAGCAGGCACAAUGGCUCAAGAAGGAUAAAGAGUUGGAUCGGACGGAUCGCUUUGCUGCAGCGCUGGACAGACGCAUGAGCCAAAGUAGUAUAUCCUCGCCCACAACACCGCUCGCGCCGCCGAGUGCAACCUUGUCGCCUCUGGCUUCGCCUGCGACAGAGAAGCGAAGACCCUCUGCAUACCGAAGAAACCGCAACGAGCCUACGCCGCUCUCUACUGUUCCAACCGUCUACUUUGACGAGGACUUUCAUUUGGAGAAUCCGCGGACUUUCGACAUUGUAUCAGAACGCGCAGAAGUUGUAAGACCACCACCUGGCACACCUCAACACGAGUCCAAAGCUGCGAACGGAACGGCCCUUCCUCCCCGGAAAGCGCUUGCGACAAAUGCCAUCUUACAAGAGAAGCUGAGUUGGUAUAUGGACACCGUCGAGGUUCACUUGAUCAAUAGCAUCAGCACUGCGAGUACUGGCUUCUUCGCCGCACUGGGAAGUCUGAAAGAACUCCAGACGGAGGCAGAGGAGAGCGUGGCGAAGAUACAGAGCCUGCGGGAAGACUUGAGGCGGCUAGACCAGGAGAUUGCGGUCGGAGGCUUGGAGGUCGCUGCCAAGCGCAGAAAGAGGGCCAACUUGGAUAAGCUUGGAAGGGCUACCGAGCAGGUUCGUCAAGUUGUGGAGAAUGUCAAGAAGGCGGAUGCAUUAGUUGAUGACGGCGCUUUCAACGAAGCGGCGGAUCAAAUGGACAAAGUUGGGCGACUUGUGUGCGGAAGGCCCGAAGCAGGAGACGACGGGAGUCAGCUUAUAGACCUGCGGCCACUCAAAGCGCUUCAAGGUCUUGACUCCGGUCUUCAGGAGCUUCAGCUACGAAUCGGAAGCGGUUUCGCGAACCAAUUCACCUCCACGCUGAUUGCCGAUCUGAGGCAACACAUGGAGAAGGUGUCGAGCACCGAUACGCUCAAACGAUGGUCUCGGCAACGGGGUGUCACACCCGUCUACCUGGAGAGCAACGACGAGUUCCGACGGCACCUCCUGGAUGCAUUGAAAGGGCUACAACGCGCUGGUCACAUGGCUCCUGCGACUACUGCAUACCGUGAGGCCGUGAAUAAGGAAAUGAAGUCUAUCAUUCGGAAACACCUACCGAGUAGCAAUGAUGACGAUGCGGAUAGCAUGGUCUCCAUCUCAACGAGAGGCGGUGGAAAGCUAAGUCAGCAGGAGAAGAGCUCAAUCCUUGCCCGCCACCUGCGAGCCUUGGACGCAGAGGAUGCGGAGAAGUUGCUCAUCAGUGUGUACACAGGUGUUGGAGAAGCUUUGCGGAGGCUGUCAACACAGACGAAGAUUCUGCUGGAUGUCACUAGCAGCAUGCAGGCUCUGGAGCCCAAGUCUCCUUCAAGGUCGCCUGUGCGAUCGCCGUCAGCAACACCGGGCCGCGGUUCUAUCGACGAUCAACUUGCCAAUGGCGCGCGGAGAUCUUUCGAGAAUGAUGACAUUUCGCAAGCGCUGGAUAUGUCUUCCCUCCUCGAACAAGCUGUUGAUACCGCGCAAACGCAAAUCACUCGGAUCCUGAAAGUUCGCAACGAACAGUCCAUCCGUCUUCCUAAAGAGCGCUUCCUGAGAUACUUCACACUCAAUCGCCUCUUUGCAGACGAAUGCGAGGCGGUAUCGGGACGUGGAGGACAGGCAUUGAAGGGGCUUAUCAACGCACAAAUCUCCGGCUUUGUGCAAGUCAUGGGUACGGCAGAGACAGAGCGGAUAGCGAAUCUCCUCGACAACGACGAUUGGAAUUCCAAAGAUUUCGGCGACCAGGAUAACGUACUGCUGCAGAGGAUCCUGAAAAGCAUGAGUUCCGAUCCGCCCGAGUGGCUGGCUGGCAAACCCAUCUGGGAAGAACUCAGCUCGGCGGCAGAGUCAGCUGCCGAUUUGCCAAAUGGCCAGGCGACCGCGAAUGGCACCUCCGCUCCCAAUGCACCGGCUGCUGCAAAGGCAGUUGCGAAGCCGGCGUACAUUGACGACACUAGGUAUAUCCUCGUUCAUUCGGUCAUCGCGCUCCUCCCUACCGUGGAGAAGUUCCUGUCCCUAACGGCCAGCAUCGCAUCCAUGACGCCACAAAUCUCCAACAGCCUCCUGGACGUUUUGCGCACCUUCAACAGCCGCUCGUGCCAGCUCAUCUUGGGUGCAGGCGCCACUCGCAGCGCCGGCUUGAAGAACAUCACCACCAAACACCUAGCUCUCGCCUCGCAAGCUCUCAGCUUCAUCAUCGCUCUCGUACCGUACAUGAGAGAGUGUGCACGUCGCCACUUGCCAUCAGGACAGACAGCCGUGCUAGCCGAGUUCGACAAGACGAAGCGCUUGUGUCAAGAUCACCAAGUCGGGAUCCACGACAAACUAGUGGAGAUCAUGACCAUGCGCUCCCAGGCGCACGUGAAGGCGAUGAAAGCGAUUGAUUUCGACAACGCGGCAGCCUCCGACAAGCCUUCGGCGUACAUGGAGACGUUGACGAAGGAGACGCUCACGUUGCAGCGCGUACUGGCGAGGCAUUUGAGUGAAUUCGAUGUCAGGAUGAUCAUGCGCCAGAUCUCGACUAGCUAUAAGGAGCAGUGGGUUAAGGCUUUUGGAGAGGUGCAGGCUAGUGGGGAGGCGGGUAUGCAUGGAUUGCUGAGAGAUGCGGAGGCUUUUGAGGCCAAGUUGGGCAAGGUUGAGGGCUUUGAUGAUAUUGGUCGGGAUGUCUUGGAGGUUGUCAAGGCUAAGAAGAGCGCGAAGGCCUCUGGUGAUGGGGAGAAGGGUAAGGCUGCUGAGAAGGGGAAGCCAGUGGAGCAGAAAGGGAAGCCAAUGGAGGAGAAGGAAAAGCCAGCGGAGAAGAAGGAGGGCGAGACGGAGGAAAAGGCUGGCUAGUGUAGACCAAUCUGUUGCUCAACAUACUUCAUGCUCAUCACCAAAGCUCAUGUCUUCAAUGGCAUGGCCCUGAGACCAACAUGAAGUUGAACCGCU